UGACUGUUUUGAUUUUUAAAAAAACACAAAAGUUGGGAUAUUCUCCCCCAAAAUUCCCCACUAUGACCUCAUAUAUCACCACUUGACCGUAAAUUUAGCUCUUCACAAUUCCCACCAUCCCAUCUUUCCCUACAAAUACCAGAAAAUGAGUUUUUAACAUACACAAAUUAAACACACAUAAAUUCUUAGUUUUUUAACAAGAUAUAAUACAAAAUCUUUCCUUUUUUUUUUUGUCUUCAAGAUAUAAGAAAUUAUGGGUAGUUUAGAGGAAGAAAAACUCUUGGAAAUGGUUCAUGAUUUCAUUGAAUCAUCAGACUCAAUAAAUUCAUCAUCUUCUUUGUUAUCUCACAACUUGUAUAAUUCUUCUACUUCACAAAAAUAUGUUCAUUCUUCUACAACAUAUUUUACUCUACAAGAAAUUCUAAGGAAGAAGACAGAAGUAGAGAAAGAAAUAUUGGACAAGGUAGUGAAACAUAUGAAAAAUAAGAUGGAUAUGGAGAAAACAAAUGGGCUUAAACAAUGGCUUGUUAAAUGCCUUAAGUUUGAUGGUUUUCGUGCUUCUCUUUGUUACACUUCUUGGCUCACUACCCCUUCAUGUCCUUGUGGAAAUUAUGAGUAUAUUGAGAUAAUGAAGGAAGAUCAUGCAAAAGGAGGGUCCAAAAGAGUAAUAGUAGAUAUUGAUUUCAAGUCUCAAUUUGAAGUAGCAAGACCAACACAAAGUUACACAAAGCUAUCAAACAAACUUCCAAUGAUAUUUGUUGGAUAUGAAGACAAAUUAAACAGGAUAAUCUCUAUACUAUGCUCUGCUGCAGAAGAUUCCCUUAAAGAGAAGGGCCUACACAUUCCUCCUUGGAGAAGAGCCUCUUAUAUGCAGUCCAAAUGGAAACUCUCAAGUCCCACCCAUUAUAACAAAUACUCGAAAAAUAACAGUAACGAUAACAAUAACAAUAAUAAUGACGAUAAUAAUUAUCGGCAUUCGAGAUUAGAGAAAUGGGUUCCUCAAAAUGUGACAGUGAAAGGGAGGAGAAGAGAAUUGGGUGGUGGACGAGGGUCUGGAUUAAGCAAUCAGUUUUCCAACUUGAGCAUCAAUUGUUGCUAAAUUUAAGAAAAAAAAAGAGUACAUUGUGAUUUGUUUUUUUGGUGUUUGCACCCGAUUCAUCUUUCGGGCUACAUCCGGAUCGAGGUUAAGUUCGGGGUGGUUAAGUUCUAUUCCUCUCCCAAGGAUGUUGCGGGGAUUCGAACAUGGUUCCGUCCUACCAAAGCCAGUCCCCAUAACCACUGGGUCAAUACUUACUUGGUAGUACAUUGUGAUUUGUGAGUGUACAAUAAUCAAUUUUUGGUCUUAUUAUGAUUCAUAUUUUUGUGAGAAUAAAUGAUGGUAUGUACUAUGUACUAUGUACAUUAAAGAAAUAAAGAGUGAGACAGAUUAAAGGUUGUCACCAA